UGAAAAAAUCUUCAUGGACUAAAUAGUAUAUUCUAUUAGUUUAAAUUUAGGCACUGAAAGAUGCAAAGCGGGUAGGUAGAGAAAAGAAUUGGGCCGAAAGCAGGGCCCAUCAAGUGAAGAUGGAAGCUAGUUACCCAACAAGGAUUCCAGCAAUGCGAAUCAGAGAGAAGGGGUUUUUGCGCGCCAUACAAUGGGAUUCAGAACUCGUUCUUCUCUUCGUCUUCGUCUUCGUCUUCGUCCCAAUUCCCACUUCAACAAUUUCGUUUCCUUCUUCUGCUCCGAACCACUCACACUCUCUGAACCUCACCCCCAACACCAGCACCGCCUCAAAAAGGUUCAAAAACUCGAAAACUUACUAAGCCUUGGCCUCACCAUCACCGCAAGAAGGUUCCUCAGAUCCCUUCUCCUUUCCAAAACCGUAUUCUCCUCUCUCUCCGAACUCCACGCACACGUCUCCAAGCCCCUCUUUUCGGACACCCUCUUAUGGCUCUGCUCCGUUCCCAAAAUGCUCGACGAAGCUACCGAAUUGUACUCUUCCAUGCGAAAAGACGGUUUUCUCCCUUCCACGCGCUCCGUCAACCGUUUGCUCCGAACCCUAGUCGCUUCGCGACAGUUCGAGAAAACCCUAGCUCUCUUCGCCGACUUUGUCGAUUCCGGUGUUCGACCCGACGCUGUUGCUUAUGGGAAGGCUCUUCAGGCCGCGGUGAUGCUGAGGGACCUCGAUAAGGGUUUUGAGUUGAUGAGUUCCAUGGAGAAGGAAGGAGUGGCUCCUAAUGUGUUCGCUUAUAACUUGAUUUUGGGAGGGUUGUGUAAAACGAGAAGGGUCAAGGAAGCUCGGAAGUUGUUCGAUGAAAUGAAUCAGAGAAACCUGGUUCCUAAUACGGUUACUUAUAACACGCUCAUUGAUGGGUACUGUAGGGUGGGUGAUAUAGAGGAGGCUUUUGGCUUUAAGAAGAGGAUGAAGGAACAUAAUGUGGGGUGUAAUGUUAUCACUUAUAAUUGCUUGUUAAACGGUCUUUGUGGCUUGGGGAGGGUGGAGGAUGCGAGGGAGGUGUUGUUAGAGAUGGAGGGUAGUGGCUUUUUGCCUGGUGGGUUUUUGAGUGUUGUGUUUGAUGAUGAUCAUUCGAUGGAUAAUGGAAAGGAAAUACGGAUUGAUGAACAAACUUAUUGUAUUUUGUUGAAUGGAUUGUGCAGGGUUGGAAGGGUUGAAAAGGCCAAGGAAGUUCUGGCUAAACUAGUUGAUAAUGGAGUUGCUCCAAGCAAGGUUUCGUAUAACAUAUUGGUGAAUGCAUAUUGCCAAGAGGGUGACGUGAAGAAAGCUAUACUCACAACUGAGCAAAUGGAGGAACGAGGGUUGGAGCCGAAUCGUGUUACUUUUAAUACCCUGAUUAGCAAGUUCUGUGAAAAUGGGGAGGUGGAUCAGGCAGAGACAUGGAUUGAGAGGAUGAGAGAGAAGGGUGUUUCCCCCACUGUGGAGACCUAUAAUUCAUUGAUUAAUGGUUAUGGUCAGAGGGGCCAUUUUGUCAGGUGUUUCGAGAUUUUUGAGGAAAUGGAGAAGGCAGGGAUAAAGCCUAAUGUCAUCAGCUAUGGUUCUCUGAUAAAUUGUCUCUGCAAAGAUCGUAAGCUUCUUGAUGCAGAGAUUGUGCUUGCGGAUAUGAUAGGUCGUGGGGUUUCUCCGAAUGCACAAGUAUAUAAUAUGCUCAUUGAAGCUAGUUGCUCAUUGAGUAAAUUGAAAGAUGCUUUCAGAUUUUUUGAUGAAAUGAUACAAAGUGGAAUAGACGCAACACUUGUCACGUACAACACAUUAAUCUAUGGACUUGGAAGAAGUGGAAGGGUAAAGGAAGCUGAGGCUUUGUUUCUCCAAAUGACAGGCAAGGGAUGUAAUCCGGAUGUUAUAACAUACAAUUCUCUGAUCUCAGGAUAUGCCAAGGCAGUAAACACCCAUAAAUGCUUUGAAUUGUAUGAUAAUAUGAAGAUGCUAGGCAUAAAACCUACUGUUGGAACUUUUCAUCCGUUGAUCUAUGCGUGCAGGAAGGAAGGUGUAGUGACAAUGGAGAGAAUGCUUCAAGAAAUGUUACAAAUGGAUUUGGUUCCGGAUCGGUUUAUAUAUAAUGAAAUGAUUUACUGUUAUGCUGAAGAUGGAAAUGUUCAGAAGGCAAUGUCUAUGCACCAACAGAUGGUUGAUCAGGGAGUUGAAUCUGACAAGGUGACUUACAAUUGUUUGAUUCUGGCAUAUCUGAGAGAUAGAAGGAUUUCAGAAAUAAAGCAUGUUGUUGAUGAUAUGAAUGCUAAAGGACUGGUUCCAAAAGUUGAUACAUAUAACAUUCUGGUUAAGGGACAUUGUGACUUAAAAGAUAUCAAUGGCGCAUAUUGUUGGUAUAGGGAAAUGGUUGAUAGGGGCUUGCUUUUAAAUGACCGCAUGUGCUACCAGCUAGUAGCCGGACUAAGAGAGAAGGGAAUGCUGCGAGAGGCCCAAAUUGUAUCCUCUGAAUUGAGUAGUAGAGGACUGAAUAACUAGUAGAUUGACAAGGUUCAAUGCUUGCGCCAUUGUUCAAUGCUUGCGCCAUUGUUCAAUGCUUGCGCCAUUGUUCAAUGCUUGCGCCAUUGUUCAAUGCUUGCGCCAUUGUUCAAUGCUUGCGCCAUUGUUCAAUGCUUGCGCCAUUGUUCAAUGCUUGCGCCAUUGUUCAAUGCUUAUGAUUUGAAAGGGACAGGUGCUUAAUAUCAGCGCAUAUACUUAUGCUCUACCAAAGGAAGAGGAAGUUAAAUACGAGCUCAAAACGUGCAGGAACAUGUUUGACGGUGGCUUUCAUAAAUAUCAACUACAAAGAAAUAUCGUUGGUCUCCAUCACUGGGUUAAGGAUCCUGCAUCUCCUAGCUGGAUGUCACCGCUGAUGAUUGUUUGAGAGGCUGGAAAUCUACCAGUCUUUGCCAAAAAGGAACAAAUGCUCAUAAAUUUUCUGCGCACACACCAACGCAUGGUGUCGCAAUCUUCCCCGAAUAUUUCAAGCACCAAACAAAAAUGCCAGAAAGGUUUCGGCAUCAAAAAAUAAUCCAGACUUGUGUUUCACAUAUUCUACUUUUGCGUAGUGAAAUGGCGUUUGAUUUUGUUGCGCUGAAUGUGAUUACUAUAAUAACUUCUAAAGGGUAACAUUCGAACUGCACAACAAAUUUUGUAUGAAGUUGGUAGACGUGACGGAUUCGUUCAGAAAGAUUGUCAAGAGUUCAAAUUUGAGUUUGCUUGUUGCUGGAGGUUGGGUUGUCUUGUAAACAUUAUUAGUAGCAGAGUACACGGGAUGUUGCACGGGUUGAUUUGUGGGUAAAUAAUCAGUUAUUUAUGUCAAACAUGUGUAUCCGACAAUCAAAAUAACGGGCAAUCAUAUAAAUCUGAUUCUAUAAUUCUUUGGGAAA